ACCACCACCACCACCACCACCCCCCGCGGCGGCCCGGACACCGAGCGGCUUCGAUCCGCUCCGAGGACAUUCCAGAACCUAGGCUGCUGUCACAGAUAUCUCUGUGGAUCCCCAGGGCUUAUUCCACUAGAAGCAAGAUGGCUGAACUCAAUACUCAUGUGAAUGUCAAGGAAAAGAUCUAUGCAGUUAGGUCGGUUGUUCCCAACAAGAGCAAUAAUGAAAUCGUCCUGGUGCUACAACAGUUUGAUUUCAACGUGGAUAAGGCCGUGCAAGCCUUUGUGGACGGCAGUGCAAUUCAAGUUCUAAAAGAAUGGAAUAUGACAGGAAAAAAGAAGAAUAACAAGAGGAAAAGAAGCAAAUCCAAGCAGCAUCAAGUCAACAAAGACACUAAAGCCAAGGCUGAGAGGCCCGAGGUGGGGCCCCUGCAGCCCCCAACACCUCAGAUGCAGAAUGGCCACAUCCAUGGCUUCGAGAAGGACAGCUCACCCACUGACCCUACCAGUGAAAAACCAGCCCUCCCCCCUCGUGAGAAAAAGAUCUCAACACUUGAGGAACCCUCAAAGGUGCUUCGUGGAGUCACAGAAGGCAACAGACUACUGCAACAGAAAAUGUCCUUAGAUGGAAACCCCAAACCUAUACAUGGAACAACAGAGAGGUCAGAUGGCCUACAGUGGUCAGCUGAGCAGCCUUGUAAUCCAAGCAAGCCUAAGGCAAAAACAUCUCCUGUUAAAUCCAAUACCCCUGCAGCUCAUCUUGAAAUAAAGCCAGAUGAGCUGGCAAAGAAAAGAGGCCCAAAUAUCGAGAAAUCAGUGAAGGAUUUGCAGCGCUGCACUGUUUCUCUGACUAGAUACCGUGUCAUGAUCAAGGAGGAAGCAGACAGCUCUGUGAAGAAGAUCAAGGCAGCCUUUGCUGAAUUACACAACUGCAUCAUUGACAAAGAAGUUUCAUUAAUGGCAGAAAUGGAUAAAGUUAAAGAAGAAGCCAUGGAAAUCCUGACUGCCCGUCAGAAGAAGGCAGAAGAACUUAAGAGACUUACCGAUCUAGCCAGUCAGAUGGCAGAGAUGCAGCUGGCCGAACUCAGGGCAGAAAUCAAGCACUUUGUCAGUGAGCGUAAAUAUGACGAGGAGCUGGGGAAGGCUGCCCGGUUCUCCUGUGACAUCGAACAGCUGAAAGCCCAGAUCAUGCUCUGCGGAGAAAUCACACAUCCAAAGAACAACUAUUCCUGGAGAACGCCCUGCAGCUCCCUGCUGCCUCUGCUGAACGCGGCCUCCGGGAAGCAGAGUAACUUUGCUCGGAAAUCGUCCAAUCAUAACAAGCCUUUUGAGGGUAAAGCAGCAAACCCAAAAAUGUCAGCGAACAGUCUUCCAGGCACUGCCGACCCCUGUCACCAGACCAUGCCGGCUAGCAAGCAGAAUGGACCUUCUAGCCAACGACGAAGAUUCAAUCCACAGUAUCACAACAGGCUCAAUGGUCCCGCCAAGUCACAGGGCCUUGGGAACGAAGCCGAUCCUACCGCGAAAGGCAGCAACCGGCAGGAGCACAGAAGACAGCCCCACAAUGGCUUCCGUCCCAAAAAUAAAGGUGGAGCCAAAAACCCAGAGGCCCCCUUGGGGACAAAGACCCCCGAGGCCCCCAUGCAUUCGGAAAAGCCCCGUCGAAGGCAGCACCCCGUGGACAACUCGGAGGCCAGGCCCUUCCGGGGUAACGUGGGUAGGGUUUCACAGUGCAAUCUCUGUCCCACAAGAAUAGAAGUUUCGGCAGAUGCCACGGUUCUCUCGGUCCCCGCCGUGACGCUGGUGGCCUGAGCUAGGAAAGGAAAGAGCAGAUUCUGCUGCGUCGUGGUUCUCUGCCCGAGGUGCUGAUCCAAUUCGCUGCCAAAAGAGAGUCAGUCAGAAUAUACAAACCCUGUAUGUUUGUGUCAUUCUCUGUUAAUCAUUUUUACUAAUUCUAAUACUCAGCUCUAGCUUGCUUCAUAAACUCCAUGGCUAUGCUUGAUCUGUUGGCACUUUUUUCUCAUCGGGAUUUUGCAGCAUUUUAGCCAGGCAGUAUUUACUCAUUGUUAGGAAGAAAGAAAAAAAAAUCAAGAUGUGGCUACAGAUCAGAGGCCCAGUUAGCAACCUAUGUUGUAGCUGUGAUGUCAGUCCAUUGAUUGUCUUUAGAGAGUUAAUGUUGAGGAAAAAAAAAAUCUUAAUGGUCAGACAAACAUGAUCUGCUGAAGACACAUGCGCUUUUGUAGAAUUCAACAUCUGGUGUUUUUCUGAAAUAUAUAUAUAUAUAUAUAUAUACAUAUAUAUACAUAUAAUGCUUUAUUUGAAACAAAUUAAAAUAUGCUGCAUUUGA